GCAAUCCUGCCACACUUCUAUCCGUCACGGACCGAGAAGGCCAAGACGAAGGUACGCUCCCCCCCCCCGGCUUGGCAUCGUAUUAUGCUAAUUGAUGCAGAGGGCGAGACAGAUUUUGGGGAAGGUUCUCGUCAAACUGAAUUAGCCUACACGAAUCACCAGAAUCUCUUGCCAUUAUGUUGGCCAAGCAUAAUUUGCUGGGGUAUAACGUUCGUCCUGGAGGUUGUUGUCUACAUCAUAGUUCGCAUAUUCGAAGAAAAGCCAUACGAACAAAGUACUUUGCAGCCCAUCCUGUUCAUCAUGCGCAGUUGGAUAAUCCUACUGGCAUUUGUUUCCUUACAUACCUUCAAGGUCAUGGCACUUGAUGCUCGCUGGUUAUGUUUUCGUGCUCAAACAGUCGAAAACACAGAUGUAUGUUUCUUUGCGUUUGAUCGAAGCCUCAAUUAAUACGUGCUUAGGCAGACAUUCUCAGGGAAAGUGAUAACCCUUUCACUGUACUCUACAGAGCCUGUAUAAGCAAGCGAUUUCAGGUUGCGGGAUACUGUGGUUGGUUCCUUGUGUGCAUCUUGGUGGCUCAGUAUGGCGUGGUUUCCUUGUUCUGGAAAUGUUCUACGAU